CCCAUUUGCAUCACGUUUGAAAAUGCGCGCCAUGGCGACGACGACGGCACUUCUGCUCGUGCUGACGACGCCAACCACGGCCCUGGUCGUCACUCGACCUGUCACCUACGAUAUCCCUCACAUCGCUGCAGAUUUCAGUGCACGAACAGACCUCCCCGAGAUACCCCUUGUGAUGGCGAUCCCUGCCGACGGAUGCAGCCCAAUUGUCAACGAUGUGGCGCACAAAGUGGUGCUGGUGCUGCGAGGCCACUGUCGCUUUGUGACCAAAGCGCGUGUGGUGCAUCAGGCGAACGCGAGCGGGAUGAUCGUCAUGGACGACAUCCAUCGAGGCGACAACCCAUUCGACGACGGGAGGUGGGAAGUUCGCAUGUCCAGCGAAGACAACGUCAACCAAGAGCAUGUCAAGCACCAUCACGACAUGCAUCUGCUGCCGUCUGUGUUUAUCUCGCACACGUCCGGCCGACGCCUCCAGCGUCAUCUUGAUCGCUUCACCAGUUCCAAAUCCGUCCUUUCUACCCCCCUCCGUCCACUACUCACCUCCCACGACAACGACAACCAUCAUGAGGUGCUCGUGGCACUGAACGCGACGGCGGAGGGGUCGCAACACAUCGACCAAGGCGUGGACUGGUUGGAUGUGGGCCAUCUUCCCGUGCUGUCGUCGCUUUCAGACCUCGUCUGCGCCAUGUUGCCGUACAUGGGGUACGCCUACGCGUCUUCGUUUUGCUUUAUUCUCUUGAGCACGUUCUACGCCCGGGCGGUGGAGACAUCGGCUUGGUACAUCAAGCAAUAUGCUCGGCGAAGCAUUUGGACUCGCCUUUCCGUGGUGCCAUACCGAGGCCCAUUGCAUCAUGGAGCCGAUACAACAUGCUCCAUCUGCCUGGAUGAUUUCGUCCUCGGUCAUGUGGUCAAAGUGCUGCCGUGUCCCCAUGUGUACCACCAGCACUGCAUCGACCGAUGGUUUGAGAAAGGAAGCAACGCGUGUCCCCUGUGCAAACGACUCGCGUUCUCAUAACAUUAUGUUCAACUUAGAUACAACAUGGUACACUGCCUUGUCGACGACGUCUAUGGAAGAUGGACAUGAUACGGCGGG